AUGAUUAAAGAAUGGAAACGUGAUACUGAAGCCCGACGAGAUGAAGCAAGAAACUAUUUAAUUUCAGGUGAAGAUACUCUAGAAGCACGAGAUGAUGAAACACAGAUUGAAAUCGUAGGUACUGAAAUUCCAACAAGCCCAAUUAAAACGAAAGUUGCAACAGUCCCGUCUGUGACUGCAACCAAUGCGAUUUUAUUUCCCACAAAACAGGAUAUCGUCAAACGAUUUACGAUAAAUAUACAACAAAAAUAUGCUUUUAUAAUUGUUACUAGCCACUUAGAUGGUGAACAUUAUGCUUAUACCGGCAUGUUAUCUUGA